GAGGAGGUGGUGUAAAAGGAGCUGCGAGCACAAAGCAGAUUUGCGAGGAAUAAUUUAACUCCGGUGUUUGUUGUUUUUCGGGGGUUGGGUUUUUUCCUUCUCUCUCUCCUUUCUAUCUCUUUUUUCUGCCCAGGAUUUAAAUGUCACUCAAAGCAUCCCCAAAUCAGCUUUCCUCUCGUCUCCGGUUUCUUCUGAGGCAUUAAUUGGAUCACACGCUGCAUUUGAAGAGCUUGGGUGUUUUACCCACGAAGGAAAUUUGCUCCAUCUCCAGCAGCAACCACUGCUCCUUUUGAUGUUGUGGUACGCCGUGCGCAUGCGCUUCACAUUAGAAUUACUGCACUGGCCAGAAUAAGUUGGAUCUCUUCUUCUCUUCACUGAAAUCCUAAAUCAUAUCAAAAGCUAAAGGGAUGCUGAGAGUCCGGAAGAAGGGUUACUUUGGGAUUUGGUCAUUCCCUUUAAUAAUAGCCGUGGUGUGUGCACAGAGUGUCAAUGACCCUAGUAAUAUGUCACUGGUAAAAGAGACCGUGGACAGACUGCUGAAGGGCUAUGACAUUCGCUUGAGGCCAGAUUUUGGAGGUCCCCCAGUGGCUGUUGGCAUGAACAUAGACAUUGCCAGUAUAGAUAUGGUCUCAGAAGUCAAUAUGGACUAUACCCUGACAAUGUACUUUCAGCAAGCGUGGAGGGAUAAGAGGCUGUCGUAUAAUGUAAUACCUCUAAACCUUACUCUGGACAACAGAGUAGCUGAUCAGCUGUGGGUUCCCGAUACCUAUUUUCUGAAUGACAAGAAGUCAUUUGUACAUGGUGUUACUGUGAAGAACAGAAUGAUCCGUUUGCAUCCAGAUGGGACAGUCCUUUAUGGACUCAGAAUUACAACAACAGCUGCUUGUAUGAUGGACCUACGGAGAUAUCCGCUGGAUGAGCAGAACUGCACGCUGGAGAUUGAGAGCUAUGGCUAUACAACAGAUGACAUUGAAUUUUACUGGCGUGGGGGUGAUAAUGCAGUCACAGGAGUGACAAAGAUUGAACUGCCACAGUUCUCCAUUGUAGACUACAAGCUUAUCACCAAGAAUGUUGUUUUCUCUACAGGUGCCUACCCAAGGCUGUCUCUCAGCUUUAAACUUAAGAGAAACAUUGGUUACUUCAUUCUGCAGACCUAUAUGCCUUCUAUUCUGAUCACUAUCCUGUCCUGGGUUUCCUUCUGGAUUAAUUAUGAUGCUUCAGCUGCAAGAGUUGCUUUAGGAAUCACGACUGUGCUCACAAUGACAACAAUUAACACCCAUCUUCGAGAGACUCUUCCCAAAAUUCCAUAUGUGAAAGCCAUUGACAUGUACCUUAUGGGAUGUUUCGUCUUCGUUUUCAUGGCUCUGCUGGAGUAUGCAUUGGUCAACUACAUCUUCUUUGGCAGGGGACCUCAGCGUCAAAAGAAAGCGGCAGAAAAAGCUGCCAGUGCCAACAAUGAGAAGUUGCGAAUGGAUGUCAAUAAGGACAGAAGAAUAAUUGGCACAUAUCAUUGUCCAGAAAUGUAUUCAACAAAGAUGGAUCCACAUGAAAAUAUUUUGUUGAGCACACUUGAAAUUAAAAAUGAGAUGGCUGCCUCUGAGGCUGUGAUGGGGCUUGGGGACCGUAGAAGCACUAUGCUGGCGUAUGACACUUCAAGCAUCCAGUACCGGAAAGCUGGCUUACCCAGACACAGCUUUGGUCGCAAUGCCCUGGAGCGACAUGUAGCACAGAAGAAAAGUAGGCUACGGAGACGUGCAUCUCAACUGAAAAUUACCAUUCCUGACUUGACUGAUGUAAAUGCCAUAGAUCGAUGGUCGCGCAUAUUCUUCCCUGUUGUUUUUUCCUUCUUCAAUAUUGUCUAUUGGCUUUACUAUGUGAACUAAGAAACAAAGCCACACAGGAAGCAAGAACUGGAUUUCUCUUCAAAUCGGUUGUACAGCCAAAAGUGGGACUUAGAAAAAUUCUAUUCAGGACAAAAAGUUAUUUUAAAACACCUUAGUUGCUGGCCCACUCUAUGGUCUGUUUUUAUAAUGUUUUGGUUUUAUCUGCUAAAUCUUAAAUACGUUAAGUUGCAGUACGGGCAUAUCCCCUUAUCAAAAUAUAAGUGCAUUUGGAGUGUGAAGGCAAAUUGGAUUUUGACAAUCACUUUUGUCUCAUUGUCCCUCGCUCUCUCUUUUCUCUCUUUUUUUUCUUUUUUUUUUUUUUUUUUUAAAAUGGUCACUUGAGUUUAGUGAUACAAAUUAUAGAGCGGCAUUUGAGAAACAAGUUCUAGUUUCAACAGCAGUACAUACCAUUCCAAGGGAAACUGCAUAUCUGAGACAUGCAUCUACACUUAAGAGAGUGUACUAAGUUAUUAUCAUGCUUAUGAAACAUAUACACUUUACCUUUUAAAUGUGUAAACUUGAAAACAAAUAGUGCCUAUCAUCUUUCCAAGAUGAUGAUGGUCAGAGGUUUCCCAACCGUAUUCAGGUAUUUCCUGUUAUUUAUUGAAAGAACUAAACCUUUGACUGAUAAUAUUAGGGUUGGGUGUUUGUACAGAAGUUGAAGCAAAAAGCACUAGUUUUGUCUGGAUUUUAAAGAGAGAACAUAUGCUCACAGUCACAAUGACUGUGUUUGUGAUCAACAGAGGAAUGUAGCAACGGUAUAAAAAUGCAUCAACUGAAUGGGUAGAUAUGCUGCUGGUUUGUGUUGGGGAAAGGAAAUCAUCUCUUCCAAAGUGCCAAAACUGGUUGGCCAAAUAGUGAUUCUCUAGGUGGCUGAAGGAGACCAAUGGUGCCCUGUCUUUCUAGGGUAGGGAGAGCUAGAGAGCAAUUUCAAAAUACAGGGCCAAGGAGAGAGAAGGCUACAUAUAUGUAAAAGUGUGUGUGUGUAUGUGUGUGUGUAUAUAUAUACACGCACACAUAUAUAUUUAUACUGUGCAAAUGAAUGUUGUCAGUUAUAGUACAUACCUUAGUCUGAAAUACUCAUGUGGAGUUGUGUGAUUUCUUCCAAGUUUGCAGUCUUUCCAGCGUUACGCUUGCAACUGUUGUUACGCUUAACACCUUACAUCCAGUUUGAUUAAAGGUAUCGUACCUCUUUUAACAGUAAAGAUCCGAGGAUAUGUAUUUCAGUACAAAAAAUGCUGACAGGGUAUUUUCUCAGUCUGGAUUAGGGAAUACCAUUUCACUUUUUGUUUUCCUUAAUGCACUGUUUUAAAAGGGAAAAAAUUGGUAGCCAUCACUUUAAGAGUUUAAUUACACUUUUGAAUGUUUCCUGCUUUAGGGUGAUUUCCAUUGAAAAAGUAGCAAAUUUCAGUUUUGCUUUAGGGAACUUUUUGAAAUAAAAGGGGUUUUUUUCAUUCCAUAGAGCUUGACUCUUAUAUGCAAAAUAGAAUAGAUACAAAAUAGAAUAUAUAAAAAAUAGAAUUUUAUCGGCAAAGUAGAGUUUGCCAUUUAGUCCAUUGUGGAACCUUUUUCUGUAAUGAAAAAAAAAUUGCAAGAACUGUAUAAAAGGUAUGAAUUCCUGAUGGCUUUUAGUAAAUCCAAUCCCCAAUAUUGUUUGACACAAAAUAUUUCAUGAAGCAAAAGCCACAUCUGUUGUCUCUAUGCUAACUCAUCUGUGUACAAAUUUCUUAAAGAAACUUGAACUCAAGUACCUUCUAAAUAGUAAAGGAAUUUUUUCAGGCAGAUAGUUUUUCCCCAUUUAAGUAUUCUUUUGGCAAUACUUUAAGAUAGUUCUUAAGAAUUUUUUCAUAAAAUAUUUUGUUUGAAUUUCUUGUUCUUGCUUUAAAAGGAUAAUUUUCUUACAAAUUUCUGUUGUUUUUUUCCCCAUUUGUCAGUGAAUGACAGUGAUAGGAGGAAAAUGCUAAUGAUUAGUUCUGGGAACUAAUAGGCCAAUUUUCUGACUUUGUUUUGAGCAUUCAUCUGCUUAUAUCUGCUUCAAAGAGGAGAGAAUAGUUUUGAGCCUGAAAUGGGAUUUGCCAGGCAUACACACCACCUGUUGUUUUCAAGGGAGUUGUGUGUAUGUUCACGUACUGCUUCCAGGUUCCGACUCUGCAAUAUGCAGAGACAGGCUUUCAUCAUGCAAUGAACUUUCCAGGUCAAAAUGUUGCUUUUUGUUCACAUACUUAAUUUCUGACUGCAUUUCGUGCAUAACACAAUAGGCUUUGUAGAUGCAUUUGGAAUUUCAAGUGAUAGGUAUGAGUGAUGUUGGAAUUUUUUCCCAGUUCUAAGAAAAGGAGCCACAUCAAAAUUCAGUAUUUCUCUUCAAAGUCUGUUCUUUAAAAAUGGUAUUAAUUAUCAUAAAUAAAAGCAGUCUUAUAGUAUUCUUCUGUACCUGCUUUUCUUUCAUUUCACAAAUUGCUGCCAACUCCUUUUGUAUUUCACAGAAGCAUAGUGUGAAUACAGGGAGCUCACAGCCUGUUUGUGGUUGAUACACAUCAAAUAUAAAACCUUACAGAGAAUAUGUUGAGACUCUGCAUUGGUUUACUGCAUCAGCUGUUAUGAAAACCACAGAGACUGAAUCCUAGAACUGCACAUUAAUUAAUCUGAAGUUACAGUACAAGCCAUAAUACUCUCUGAUGUCGCUAUUCAGAGGGAAAGAAAAUGUCUGGUUUCUGCUCAGGUGUCACUAGGAAAGUUAUAUUAUCUGGGGGGAAGGAGCACUUUCGCUUUUACUAUGUCCUUCUGGCUAUUAAUGUGAUGUAUAAAUUAGUGAAAGAGAAGGAUUCUAUCAUUUUGUACUAAGGCUUAACACUGUGAUAUAAAAAGAUGGGGGUGAGAAAGACUGGCGAGGCACUGUCAAGGGAAAAGUAUAACUCGAGCCCAAGGUGAGCACUUACUACUCUUCUGAGAUACUUGAGUGAAAGUGAGAAACUAUGCCAACGUAUAUGAGAUAUGGGGUUUGCUAUGUGUGCUACCCUCCAGGUAAACUAGAAUAAAUUUGCUUUUACUUUAGAUUUGACCGAAAAUGAAUAUUCUAGAACUUUUAAAUCGUGUUAAUUGUUGUUAGUUUCAAUAAGAAAAGUAUCAAAGUUACUAAUUUAGAUAAACCUUGUAAUAUAAUUAUAGUUGCACAUUUUAUUGUUCUAUUAGACAUAAUAGCCAGCAAUUAAGGUGUUUUUCAUCUUUGUGAAAUUCAUGGGCAAAUUAUGACUAUAACAUGGCACAGUUUUAAUGAAAUCUUUGAGAUCAAUCUGUAAAUAUAUACUGUACAUGACUGCUAGUAAGUAUGAUACACAUUUUCAGAACUGAAAAUUCAUGCAACAUAUUUCUGUGUUUGCAUAAGGAAUGUUAUGUUUCUAUCCUAUCACAGUUUAAUGACUGGGAAGAAAGACUCAAGCAAUGACAUUGUGACCAUUUCUUUUCUCAUUCCCAGGGGAGGAAAACAGAGUCUUAGAUGACAGCAUGUCGCAAAGUUCUUCAGAGGGUUUUUACAUUCUAAUAAAAAAGACAUAAAAUCUGUAAGGUACAAAAGCACAAUGCAUAGAGAAAAUGAGUGGUGGUCUUACACCUGGGGAAAAAAAUACUAUUUAUUUCAGACAAAUAUGCAUUAAAAUUAAAGAUCAAUUAAUUUUCACUAUAAUUAUUAGACUGUGUCCCAAUUCUAUACUAUAACACAGUACUAAACAUAAGUGAACGGAUGUUAAACAUUAUCCAAAUAUAUGCGCAUAUGGACAUACACCUAAAUGUCUAUAUGGACAUAUGUGUGUAUACAUACACGUACUGAGUAUAUAUAUGCACACACAUUCAUAUGUUGGCGUGUUAAAGGAAUAAGCUAAUAACAGUUUUGUUUCUACCAUCAACCAGUGUAUGAAUAUAUUUUUGAGAAAAAAAGAUUAAUGUAUUUAAAAAAAAACCAACUUACUAUACAGGGUAACUGGGCAUUUCUAUAUCAGCAGAUCAAUGCUUAUAAUUCGUAUGGAGCAUUGCACCGUUUGACAUGAUGAUAGUACUGUACCUCCUAGCAUCUGAAAUUAGACUAGUCCUCACAUUGCUUGCCUAUUUCUUCUCUCUCUUUUUAUAACAGCGUUGUCCACUAGUAAGUUUUCAAAACCAACAAAUUCCUUAGGGAACCAACAAAAAAAGGCAAAAAUAUUAACUAUUUCUAGAAAAUAAUCUAGGCUGGGAUGGCCAGGGUACAAUACUAUAUCAGUAGCGAUCAUAACAUUUUGCUAUGUGUACAUAGAACAUACAGUGUGAGCAACCAUAACUUAAGCUGAACAUGUGUAAAUAUUAUCAGAUUUCUUAAACAUUUUUAACUUCUAAUUUGUACUUUAUGGUAAGGCAAAAAGCUAAUUCUACUUAUGGUUUAGGUUAAUGUGUCCUAAAAUUAUGUAAAUAAUUAAAUAAGCUGUAAAUGAGCAGUCGAUAGAUACAGUAAUUGUUUAGUGAAUUUUUUUUACUAAGUACAAUAAUAGCAGUGCUCUAGCAGAGUAAUUUAAACACCCUUUUGCAUAAACAGAUUUGGAUUCCAGAUAUAAAAAAAGUACAGAAAGUACUGUAGUGUAAAAUAGCCAUUGUGGCAACGUUACUGCUAGCACAAUCAAUUCUUUUGUAUGGUCAAAACGUUCAGGCAACAGAAGAUAGUAGCUUGGCACUCGGUACUCAGAUUAGCAUAAACAAAUAGGGCCUGGUUUUCACUUACAAUAAGGCACAUUUAUGUUGCUCCAGUGAGUGGAGGAGAUGUAAUCCAGGGUAAGUGAGAAUUCAGCUGUUGGUGAUUUCAUUACAGAAAGCCUGCAUAUUGCGUCUGUCUGUUUCUGAAAUCUGUAUCUCUUAUGGUAUCUAAUAGUAGACUUUUUUUUUUUUUUUUUGAAAAAAGGAUGUUUGACUGUCGUUAGAUAGCAUAGUCCCCCUAAAGCCAAAGAAUCUUCACUCCAGAAAUUGUUUAAAAGGAAAAUCUAGUAAGUCACUGCUUAACACCAAAGGUAAAACUUAAUAAAAUGCACUAGGAACUUUGUCUAAAUUUUUAACAAGCAAGUGGAAUGUUGAUCAAAAAUACUGCCCUAUUCUACUUUGUAAAAAUAGUAAUAAUUUAAAUAUCCAUUAAUAUAAAAUUGAAAUAGAUCAUCUCUACAAGAAUAUGCAACACUAACAUUUCAUAAGUAUAAAAUUAUUUUCUUUGUAAGUGCUUUGACAAAAAAUGAAACUUAAAUGAUGAAAAAUCUCACCUCUACUUUCAUACUAAGGGUUGUAUUUUUUUAAUGUUUUUCAGACAUGAGGUCAUCUAUUCCAAUUUGAUAACAUUUUGUAUGUUUUCACUGUUACUGUCAUUUGACAGAUACUCACCAGGCUGUAUUGUUCAUGGUCUGUCCUGUUACUUUCAGUUGAAGACAAAAAGAGUAUUUGAAACAUGAUUAAUUCUAACAAGCUGACUAUGAUUUGACUUCUGUCACGUUUUUAUUUGCAUGGGUGUUUAAAUGGUUCUGUUAGUACUGUCUUUGCACAGUUCUGAUUUAUCUUUUUUUACUUAGUACUAUUUACUUCAUAAUGUAGUAAUCAUCAGCCUUACUAAUGACCUUGUAGCCUUUCUUAUAUGCACAUAAUGCACAUUUUCCAAUGGCUAGAAAAUGCAAAAUACUAGUGGAUAUCAUUGCAUCAGAUCUUCAUGUCUUUCUCAAAAGGACUGCUAACCUCUGGGAUAUAUGAGGUAGUAAAAUGAUGAUUGUAAAUGAGUAGCACAUAAGAGAUAUUUUCUUGAAUUUAAAAUUAUUGCAGCCAGUUUCAGCAUGUAAAUAUAUAAUAAUGUUGGCUAGUGUGUAAUUCUUGAACUAAAAAAAUAUAAAUAAAGAAAACCUAAAAGAUGUA